UUCCGCAACGUUUUUAAAAAAUCACUCUACCUAACCGUUAGUUUGAACAAUCUCAUUCAUUUUGGCGCCAUGAAAUGAAUCACCCCCUCUUAAACCUUCUUAACAAAUGUCGAUCCCUCAAACAUUUGAAAUCUGUCCAUGCUCAUCUCGUGAUCUCAGGUUCCAUCACCUUCUCAGACCUCACUUUGAACAAGCUUCUACGUCUCUACUCGCGCUUCGGUGACACCUCUUAUGCUCGCAAACUAUUCGAUGAAAUCCCUGAACCAAAUGCAUUUUUGUGGACAUCAUUGAUUCAUGGGUUCACGGAAAAUCACCAGUAUGAAAAUGCAUUCUCUCUCUUUAUCAAAAUGCACAGAGACAUUGCGCCUUUGAAUUUCACUAUUGCAUCAGUGCUCAAGGUUUUGGCUAGGCUGGGGAGAGUCAAAGAUGGAGAGGUAAUACAUGGGAUUGUAUUAAAAUGUGGGUUUGGGUUUGAUUUGGUAGUGCAAAAUGCAAUAAUUGAUUUCUUUAUGAAGUGUGGCAAAGUGGGUUUUGCAAGACGGAUUUUUGAUGAGAUGGGGGUAAGAGAUAUUGUUUCUUGGAACUCAGUGGUCUUGGGGUAUGGAAAUAAUGGAAGAGUUGAUAUUGCACGGGAGCUUUUUGAUAGGAUGGAAGUGAGGAAUGUGAUCUCGUGGACUAGUAUGAUCCAGGGAUACGUUAAGGCUGGGAAUAUGGUGGAGGCGAGGGUUCUGUUUGAGAUAAUGCCUGCAAAAGACUUGGCAUCAUGGAAAGUGAUGAUUUCUGGUUAUAUGAAUGCAGGAAAUACUGAUGUUGCUCGGCAUCUUUUUGAAGCGAUGUCAAUUCAUGAUGUUGGGACUUGGAAUUUGAUGAUUUCAGGAUUUUGUAAAGCAGGGGAUUUAGAAGCUGCAAAAGAUUUCUUUGACAGGAUGCAGGAAAAAAAUGCUGCAUCUUGGGUCAUGAUGAUCGAUGGCUACGUUAAAGGUGGUGAUUUUGACAGUGCUAGGUGUUUAUUUGAUCAGAUGCCUGACAAGAACUUGGUUGCUUGGUCUACCAUGAUUGGGGGUUAUGCCAGAAAUGGGCAGCCUCGCAGUGCUCUGGAGUUGUACAAAUCCUUCAAGGAACAAGGCAUUAAGCCAGAUGAAACUUUUAUAUUGGGAAUUAUCUCAGCUUGUUCACAGUUAGGAAUUCUAGGUACUGCUGAAUCAAUUAUCCAUGACUUUGUAGGACCUUCAUUUUUCUCUAAUCUGCAAGUACUCACCAGUUUGAUAGACAUGUAUGCAAAAUGUGGAAGCAUUGAGAGGGCCACGAAAGUGUUUGAAAUGGUUGUAAAAAAAGAUUUGCUUUGUUACAGCACAAUGAUUAACGCCUUUGCAAAUCACGGACUGAGUGAAGCUGCAAUUUCUUUGUUUGCUGAGAUGGAAACGGCAAAUAUAAAACCUGAUGGAGUUACUUUUCUUGGGGUUCUAACUGCUUGUAACCAUAGGGGCCUUGUUGAUGAGGGCAGGAGGUUUUUCAAACAAAUGACAGAUGAUUAUGGAAUUAAACCCACAGAAAAGCACUAUGCUUGUGUUGUUGACAUUCUUAGUCGUGCUGGAUGUCUUGAAGACGCAUAUAACCUCAUAAGCAGCAGGUCAGUUAAACCUAGUGCAACUGUAUGGGGAGCUCUGCUUGCAGCUUGUAGAGUCCAUCACAAUGUUCAAUUGGCUGAAGUUGCAGCAGCUGAACUGUUCAAGAUUGAGCCAGAUAAUUCUGGAAAUUAUGUUCUUUUAUGUAAUAUUUAUGCUGAUGCUGGGCUAUGGGAUGAUGUUGCCAAAGUGAGGGCAAAAAUUAGGGAGAAUCGAGUUAGAAAAAAUAGAGGUUCUAGCUGGAUUGAGUUGGGAUCUGUUGUCCAUGAGUUUGUGAUGGGAGAUAGUUCCCAUUUUGAUUCAGAAAGCAUUUUCUUCAUCUUGGACUUGCUUAAGAAAGAUAUGAAGCUUUUCGGAUAUGUCAUUGACUUGAAGGAAUUAUUGCCUCUCUACACUGCGUCCUAAUAACCGCUACUACAGCAGUUUGGAAAAUAAUCAAUCAGAACGAAAUGUGAUAGAGAGAAAAACUCAAUUUGUUCUACCAAUUGAGAUUCAAAUGGGGGUGAAUCUUGGUGCAGAUAUAAGUUUCCUUCAUUUUGACAUCAGGGUUAUAGUUCAAACUACAGAAACAACAUGUAAUUUGAGGUGAAUGUUGCAUACACCUAAGUCAAUGCUUUAUAUUACUGAGAUUCACAGACAAGGUUUCUCUAAAUGGAUAGUUGGACAAUGGAAGGCUUUAACUUAUAUGUGAUUUUUGAACAAGACAAAAAACAGCUUAUGAAAUGGAUUUGACAAGAUUUCCUGUAUUGCUGAUUGAACCUGUUCAAGUGUUGAGCUCUCAAGGAAUUUCAGUUCAAAGCAUCAGCAGUAAGCUUUAUGAUUUAUUUAUUCAGCUUCAGUUUUCUUUCUAUCUUUUACAUUUUUGGUUUCUAUUCGGUUGAGUGGUGCAAGUACCGCAUGUAUCCAAGGCAUUAGCAGCAUUGGCUUCCAUAUCAAGGAGGCUUAAUUUCUUUUCAACUGGCCUGUGUUCCAUACCUUUGCUGAAUAUGGUCCUAACCAGAACUAAAAGAAAAUCUGACAUCUGAUCUGACUAGUCGAAACAAUUAAACUAGCAAUAUCUAAUAUUUUAUUACCUAAUAUCAUAGAAUACUAAUGUUACUGAGAUGAACAUUUCUGAAUAAGUAAUGAUCUUCAAAUGUGGUUGAAA